AAAGAGACGAAAUCCAAGAACAAUUAAUUAAGGCUGAAAACCAGUUAAGCGAACUAAAACUUGCCAACCAGCAGUUAACCAGUGAUAAGCAAGCAUUAACCGAGCAAAUCACGAAACUUACCAGCCAAUUUGCCGUCUUAACUGCCGAAUUAGCAACUAAUAAAGAGCGGAAUGAGGAAACCCGAGAACAAAUUGACAAGUUAAAUAAUGACCUAACUACCGAAAGAGAAAACACCCAAAACUUAAUCAAGCAAAUCCAACGACUAACCGAACAACGAGACAUUUUUCAACACCGAUAUCAAGGACAGAAAGACCAGUUAACGAUUACCGAGCAGGAAUUAGCCACUAUCACCAAAAACCACGCUAAUUGUCCCACUCCGACAGAAAUAGAACAAGCCCAACAUGAUUUUGACUUACUAAUUAGCGAGAAAAACAAUUUAGCCACCGAACUAACUACCGCGACUAAUGAUUUAACCAACGAAAAAUCCCUCAAACAAAAACAUUUAAAAAAUUACCGAAUUACUU